UUGCAGCUCGACUCUCGUCACUAUCCAGUGAAUCUCAAACAGCAUUUCGAACGUUAAAUAUUAUUGAAAUGAAUUUUCGCUUCUCGUAUUAACAAUAUCGUAUGAAUUGAAUAUAAAGUUCACUAUGUAAGAGUAUUAUAAUUUUUAAGGAAAAAAUUGUCUCGCAGGAGCAAACGGACCGAUAAACAGUCCCAUUGUGAGUCACAUUGAGAACCUUUGUGCGCACGCGAUACGCCGUUCUUUGCCGCGUUUCUUACUUGAUCACAAGCGUGAUAAACAUUUUUUGCAACGGUGAAAAACAAAGUGUUUAUUGCACUUGGGCAGUCCUUGCGUUCCAACGGAAAGAUAGUUCAACAAAGCUCGAGGCAAGAUAUCGUUGCUAUUCGAAACAACAAGGAAUUCGAUAGAGUGAGUCCCUAAAAGUCAUUGGCCGAAACGAUCUUCAUCCAACACAGAUGUCAGAAGCGUACCGCUCGAAGAUCGGAUGAUCGAGGAGUGAAAACUAUCAAGAGCUAUGAGUACAAAGCAUCUUGAGGAAAAAUGGAACAUUCUUGUACAUGAUAUAGCCUUGGACGCUCGACACUCUCUGAUGCUCCAUUAGUCUGAUACAGUAACAAUGUGACAGAUCCUGCAAAUGACUUUGCACGCGACACAGGCUUCACCGACGAUAUUGCAAUUCAGCAAGCGUCGCGUUAAGCAGUAUGAGUCAUGUGUGGGUGUGAAGAUGAACGGUGUAAAACACAAGAUUUGCAUGGUCUCGGAUUUCUUUUAUCCAAACAUGGGAGGCGUAGAGGAGCAUAUUUUCAAUUUGUCUCAAUGCCUGCUGGAGCACGGACAUAAAGUGGUGAUACUCACACACUCCUAUGAAGACAGAGUAGGAGUAAGGUACAUGACAAAUGGUUUAAAAGUGUAUUAUAUCCCUGUAAAAGUAUUCUACAAUCAGUGUGUACUCCCAACGAUGGUGUGCUCUCUACCACUCAUUAGAUACAUAUUCAUAAGAGAAGACAUACAGAUAAUACACGGCCAUUCAGCAUUCUCUGCUUUAGCGCACGAGGGAAUGUUGAUUGGUAGAUUAAUGGGACUGAAAACAGUGUUCACAGAUCAUUCUCUUUUUGGCUUCGCUGAUGCCUCUGCUAUUCUGACAAACAAAUUUCUCGAGAUAUCAUUGGUUGAUUGCGAUCAUUGCAUAUGCGUGUCUCACAUCGGGAAGGAAAAUACGGUAUUGCGAGCAAAGGUGCAAGAAGAGAAAGUCUCGGUUAUUCCAAAUGCCGUCGAUACCACAUUAUUCACGCCUGAUAUCAGUAAACGGAGCAACGAUUUUAUUACCAUAGUAAUAGUAUCGCGACUAGUGUACAGAAAGGGUGUCGACCUCCUAGCCCAUAUAAUACCUGAGAUUUGUUCGCGCCAUAAGAAUGUACAAUUCUUAAUCGGUGGAGACGGUCCAAAGAGAUGGCUUAUAGAGGAAGUGCGGGAAAGAAACUUGUUACAACACCGAGUUACCUUGCUGGGCAGCUUAGAGCACUCGCAAGUUAGACAUGUCCUGAAUAAGGGUCACAUCUUUCUAAACACGAGUCUUACAGAAGCUUACUGUAUGGCUAUUGUAGAGGCGGCUUCUUGCGGUUUGCAGGUAGUGUCGACGAAGGUUGGUGGGAUCCCAGAAGUCUUGCCAGCGGAUCUAAUUUAUCUCGUGGAGCCCACUGUACCUGCGUUAAUAGAAGGUUUGGAAACAGCCAUAGCAGACUACAAAAUGGGUAACGUCAGAUGUCCGUUUGAAGCACACAGGAGAAUAGGCUUGUUCUACAAUUGGUUCAACAUUACCAAACGUACCGAGAUAGUGUAUAAUUUGGUGAAACAUGAAGCCAAGAAGAAUCUAGGACAGCAAUUGACAAAUCAGAUACGAAGUGGCGUAUUGGCCUACCUGCUCGUGGUAUCACUGUGUUAUAUAAUACUACAGAUUUUGGAAUUCCUCGUUCCGAGAAAGUACAUCGAUAUCGCGCGAGAUUACAGUGAAAUUCACGUUGUACCAUCCAACGGGAAAGGAAAAGAAGACUAGUCAAUUGCCGAAAGUCCGAACUUUUCAAUUGUGUGUUCACGUAUUUUAUUCUGUACUCUGAAACAUUCCAGAACUCGCGUCUCCCCUGCAAAACUUAUUGUUACAGGUAAUUAAAGUACACCUCCGCAUGAAAAGAACAAUCGUCGUUGCAUUUACCGAUGGAAUUUUUAAGGAAAUUAUAUAUAUAUAUAUAUAUAUAAAAUUUCCUUAUAUAUAUAUAUAUAUAUAUAUAUAUAGAUGUUGUACAGGUAACGAUGUAUAAGUAACAAAACAUGCGCAAAGUACAAAUGUCAUAAUACUUGUUUGUAGAGUUACAUACAAGUGAUGUAACGUAUCGUGAUGAUUUCAUUCACGUCAUCUUGCUAUCGUAAUUGUUAUUACCUAAAACUAAACGAUAGCGCGCGACGUGUCGCCUUAUGUUGAACAUUAGAUCAUUUAUGAAAAUAAUGUAACUUGUCCAUUAAAUGAUUUUUAUUAUGAUA